AUGGCUUCAUAUAUUUCACAUAUGGUAGAAGAACUCUUUAAGCUAAUUCAAGGUAGUGCCUGGUGGUUUGGAACAAUCAUUUUGAAAUUUCUGACAUCUAAUCUAGGCGUUUCUGGUGACCACAUUCGCCUGAGUGAUCUUAUAGCAGCCAGAAUCUUAAGGUAUACAGAUUUUGAUACUUUAAUAUACACCUGUGCUCCUGAAUUUACCAUGGAAAAAGCGACUCCGCUGAGAUACACAAAGACAUUAUUGCUUCCAGUUGUUAUGGUGAUUAUGUUUAUUUUAGUGAGAAAGACUGUUCGUGAUAUUUCGUGUGUUUUAGCUACAAACGUUUAUCUAAGGGGAGCUGACAAAGAACAACAGCUCCUUGAACACGGUGAGCUGGCUUUUCACACGUUGCAGUUGUUAGCGUUUACUGCCCUUGCCAUUUUAAUUAUGAGGCUAAAGCUGUUCUUGACGCCACACAUGUGUGUUAUGGCUUCCUUGAUAUGCUCUCGGCGGCUCUUUGGCUGGCUUUUUCGCAGAGUUCGUUUUGAGAAUGUUAUCUUUGGCAUUCUAACAGUGAUGUCAAUACAAGGUUAUGCAAACCUCCAUAAUCAAUGGAGCAUAAUAGGAGAAUUUAAUAAUUUGCCUCAGGAAGAACUUUUACAGUGGAUCAAAUACAAUACCACACCAGAUGCCGUCUUCGCAGGUGCCAUGCCUACAAUGGCAAGUGUCAAGUUGUCUACACUUCAUCCCAUUGUGAAUCAUCCACAUUACGAAGAUGCAGACUUAAGGGCCCGGACAAAAAUAGUUUAUUCUACAUAUAGUCGAAAAUCUGCCAAAGAAGUAAGAGAUAAAUUGUCAGAGUUACAUGUGAAUUAUUAUGUUUUAGAAGAGGCAUGGUGUGUUGUGAGAACUAAGCCUGGUUGCAGCCUGGCUGGUGGUAUGCCUGAAAUUUGGGAUGAAGAUCCUGCCAAUGCUGGGAAAACUCCCUUAUGUAACCUCUUGGUGAAGGAUUCCAAACCUCACUUCACCACUGUAUUCCAGAACAGUGUUUACAAAGUCCUAGAAGUUGUAAAAGAAUGACUUCUACAUGAACUGCCGUCAUGGAGAACGGCAUCAGUAACGGGUUUUAAUGUUUUGCUAAGUCAUGUGUUGUCUAUAUCCCAAAAACUUUAGGUGGUAACUGUUUUCAAAAUAGAAAAACAUUUUAUUUGGUCAAUUUGAAUGUCAUUCUAAUUAUAAAAUGACUUUUAAUUCAUCAAUUGGUUACUGUUUCAAUGUGUAUCUUUAAAAUUUGCUAUGCAAAUGAGUGUAUGCUUGUACUUGACUUUGAUAUUUGUGCUAAGGUAAGCAAAGCUACCUGUAGAAAGAAAACACAAUGGGUUGUGACAAGGGUGACAUGAAAAUACAGGACAAUUCUGACUAUGUAGGGGCUGAUUUUAUAGUGUAAGAACUUUUAAUGCUUCCUUUUCUGCCUCGCUCUUGUCUUUGGACAUUUCAGUGAUUUUGUAAGUUCUUCUGGUCGUGUCAGCCCCUGUCAUCAGCUUGAGUUACAGUAGAUGCAGCAGACAUGGAACGUUUGCUGUGUAGAACUGUCUGUCUCUUUUAGUUCCUUGUGCUCUUUUUGUUCUCUGUUCUCUUGUUAAUGAAGCUUUUCCUGCCCAUUAUUAAUCCAAACUCUCGGACCUUGUGGUUAGGAAAUUCCCUUAACUGCCAGCCCUGUGGCGUUACCAUGUCUCUCUCGCUCUCUUCUCCUCCUCCUCACAUUUUCUGUCAAAUAAGUACUGUUUACUCAUUUAGUUGCUUAUCAAGUACUUAUU